AUGCGUUUCCAGCGUGCCCUUUGCCUUGGGCUACUUGGCUUCCUAAGCCAAGGUCAUGUACUGGCCCACAUUCUGUCCAAGAGGACCUUCUGGGAAGACGGGAUGGUGGAAUGGCCCCAGAAGCCCACAGUCCAAUUGAAGGACAUCAAGAACAUGAAGGACAUCCAUUUGGGCCACCCAGUAUAUAAAGCUGAGGUCGAGGGGUUCGGCACAGUGGCGUAUAAGCACUGGAACACGGGGCUCAGUAAAGAUUUGGCAUAUAGAUUGGUGGGGGCCGAGGUGGAGGCCUACAGGGCGAUUGAAGGCAAAUCUAUCGGUCCGAAGUUUCUGGCCAUAGUCGAGAAAGACGGCAGGCCUGUUGGUAUCCUCCUUGAACUGAUCGAUGACGCCGAUGCGCUAGGUGAAGGCGAUUUGGAAAGCUGUGUGAACAAGCUGAAAGCUCUCCACAAACAGGGCGUCCUGUAUGGAGAUGACCUUGCAAGCUCUCAGUUCCUCAAGAAGCAUGGGAACUUCUGGCUCAUCGACUACGAGUGGGCACACCCACCCGGGAAAGAUCAAUCGAAGGAGGAAACGGAAGCUGAGAUGGAAAGGGAGGUUGCGGUGUUAAGAGAAUGGUGGGCAUAA